AUGUCUGCCAAAACAAUUAUUGUCACCGGUGCCUCGAGAGGUAUCGGUCUCGCAAUCGCAAAGUACCUCCUCACCUCCCCUCAAUCGCACAACGUCGUCGUGAUAGCUCGCAGUGUUGAGCCCCUCCAAAAGCUUAAGGAGCAAUACAACAAACAGGUGGAGGUGCUCAAUGGCGAUCUCGCCGAUCUGUCCAUCGGCCAGAAGGCCGUCGACCUAGCCCUCAAGUCGUUCGGCCGUCUGGACGGAAUGGUUCUGAACCAUGGUGUGCUGGGACAAGUCGGCAAGAUUGCCCAAGCCGAUCCUGAGCAGUGGAAGCACGGAUUCGACGUAAACUUCAUCAGCUUCGUUGCCUUUAUCAAAGCUGGUCUUCCCGCGCUUCGCGAGACGAAGGGCAAGCUUGUCUUCACUUCUUCCGGUGCUGCCGUGUCGGCUUACCGAGGUUGGGGUCUGUAUGGCGCAACUAAGGCAGCGAUGAACCACCUUGCGCUUAGCUUGGGCGAGGAAGAGCCCGACGUUACGACGAUCUCUAUUCGGCCCGGAAUGGUUGACACCGAGAUGCAGCGGGAGCUGAGAGAAGACCAUGCUACGACGCUGGAACCUCAGGUCCAUUCCAAGUUUACUACGGUCCACAAGGAGGGAAAACUCCUCAAGCCCGAACAGCCCGGUCAUGUCAUGGCCAAGUUGGUGCUUGAUGGCCCCAAGGAAUUGUCCGGUAAAUUUCUAUCAUGGAACGACAAGGCUCUUGAAGCCUUCCAGGCGUAA